CUGUUAUCAACAUCAUGUAAUCACCUUCUGCGCAGAUGUCUUGAGAUCCACCUCUAUCAAUCACUGUAGUCAAGCCUCUGUUCUUUCCUUGCGUACAACAUGGCUACCGAAGUCGCAAAUAAUGGCGACAUCGCCCAUGAUGUCCAUGAUCCUGAGAAGACUGCGGCCGAACUCGCUGAUGGCAUCGAUCAGGUCAAACUCGAUGACAAGGUUUCCUCUGGCGUCGACGAUUCUCCCCCUCCCACCGAAAAGAUCCCUCCUGCAUCCUCAUCAUCACCGCCUCCUCCAGUUCUCCCUAAAUCAUCGGCGGAUGGCUUGGUCAAGACACCUCUUGCCGCCCCUCUAGAGACAUCUAAGCCCGUGCCCAGACCACCGUUGACAUCGGAACAAGAGACCAAGUAUGCGACUCUCCUCGACAAAGUAUCUGCAUGGACAGAGAUACCCGAAACAUCAGCACGGGGGGCUCCAACUAGCCCCUUGACGGAUUCAGAGCGCAUGUUUUUGACGCGAGAUGCACUUCUACGGUACCUCCGUGCAACCACCUGGGAUGUCGCUCAGGCUGAGACGCGACUGAGAAACACACUGAUCUGGCGACGUGAAUAUGGGCUAGAGAAACAUACAAAGGACUAUAUUUCGAUUGAGAACGAGACAGGCAAACAGGUUAUCCUUGGGUGGGACAACCACGGAAGAACCUGUCAAUAUCUACGACCCUCAAAACAAAACACUGAACGCAGUGAUCGGCAAAUUCAGCACCUGGUGUUUAUGCUUGAGCGAGCCAUUGAUCUGAUGCCCCCAGGUCAGGAGACUUUGGCCCUUCUCAUCAAUUUCGCCGAAACCAAAUCGGGCCAGGGAGCGACAAUUGGACAGGGAAGGCAGACAUUGAACAUUCUGCAGAAUCACUAUCCAGAACGACUGGGCCGUGCAUUGGUGACCAACGUCCCUUUCUAUAUUUGGGGCUUCUUCAAGCUCAUUACGCCAUUCAUUGAUCCCUUGACUCGAGAGAAGAUCAAAUUCAACGAGGACAUGGGGAUUCAUGUGCCUCGAGAACAAUUAUUGAAGGAAAGUGGAGGGCACGUCGAAUUCGAGUAUGAGCACACGAUAUAUUGGCCUGCAUUGAAUGAACUGUGCGAAUCAAACAGGGCCGCUGCUUAUGAGCGAUGGGUCAAGGGGGGCAAGAGGAUUGGCGAGUUCGAAGGAUACCUCAAAGGCGGCGAGGGAGAAGUCAGUCUGAGUGAGACUGAGAAGAAUGUGUCAAUUGAGGGUUGAUGCUGAGAUGGGACGAUACCACGUCUGAUAGAUUGUACGCAUGGAUAUGCAGCGUGUAGCAUAAGGAUAUCGAAUACAGGAUUUCUAUUACUGGGACAAA